AUGGAAAUCAUUGAGGUGCAGGCAAAGUCGUUUCUGAUCCAUUGGCGCGAAGUGCCAGCUGGCUCGGACGUUAAAUGGCAAGUUCGUCCGUUGAAAAAGUCGGUCAACUUCGGUCUAUAUCGCCACAAAAUCAGCACGGGGCAUAUUGAGCACUCGUUAUCCAACUCGAACAAUACAGUUCCCCUUUCGGAGCGUCUUGCUCGCCAAGGUUUUGAGGCUGUGGCUGAGUUUGAGAGGUUGCCCGGUAACGAAACGACGGUCGGCGGUUGUACAGCUGCCGAUGCCGGCAUGCUAGCUUUCGUAUUUGACAACACAUUUUCAAAAUCCACGCCCAAAACGAUCGAGUUCUGGCUCUCGUGCACAGAUGCAAGUGGGAAGGAGGCUCUCACAGAAGUUGCUUCUGAUGUUAGUAGUGGUUCUGAUGGCUCCACUGCUGCUCUUAGCCAGAUUUCUUCGGAUCAGUCGACGGAAGGAACCAGAACCGUUAGUAUUGCAAGCUCUGUGAGCACCGCCCCCAAUGAAGCAAGCUCAAAGACUGCCUCGGCUGCUAAGGAUGCAGACAGUGAGGGAUCUGGAAUCCGUCGCUCACCAGAUCGAAGGUACAUUACCGGUGUUCUCAACAAAAAGCGUCGUAAGAAGAUGCAGGGUUAUGCCAAGCGAUUUUUCUCUCUAGACACUCGGCUCGGCCAGUUGCACUAUUACAUCAACCCUGGGUCCUCGUAUCUGCGUGGUGUUAUGCCAAUUCGAAUAUGCGAACUGCAAACAAAUAAGCAGAAUCGUGAAAUAACCCUCGACUCCGGCUUGGAGAAAUGGUCACUCCGCGCCUUGACGACUGCAGAUUAUGAUGCGUGGCUUUCAGCCUUCGAGGAAUGCCUUAAUCCUACUGUCUCCCACGUUGUUGGCCGCCAGGGCCAAAGUUUAGCUCUAUCUACUGCACAUUCGCGCCGCAGUUCCGUGUCCAUUCACUCUUUGGCUACCGCUUUGAAUGGAGAAGACAAGUCCCCAGAAGACACUGAUGACACUGCUGCUCCUCAACUCGAUGCCGAAACUGUAGCAAACCUUGUGAAACGGCUCGGAGAGGUGGCAGGCACACUGAAUGCUGAAUCAAGAGCCGCCAUAUCAUCAGUGCUUAAAGACUUUGAUGUCAUCUUGACACCUCACGGCUAUUCAGUGGCAUCGCAUACUAAGGUAAAGCAUAAACGUCCUCAUUUGCGUCAAAAGCGACAGCGUGUCCAGAGAUUGCUUUUCAAUGUCAUUCUGGCCAUCGUGGUUUGCACACUGGUCGCUACAGCGUUUGGAGUGAGUUUAACGUACAUUGUUCUCUCGGUCGUAGUAUCGAUUCUGGGCGCUGUUGGUGGAACUGCUUUGACAUUCCCUAAAAUCGAGGAUCUACAAGAAACUUACGAGGAUAUUGUUUCUGGACUACCUGAUGAUGCUUAUGAUGAAGUAUACUCUAGCGAUGGAAACGAGUCUGAUUCCGAGGAAGAAGAACAGGAUGAAAAGGCUGCUGCCGCCGAUGAAGCUGCUGCUCAAGCUGCCGCCGCUGCCAAGGCCCAGUCCCGUGAAAGCACGCCGCCGGUUCCGGCUAUCCAUGUUCACCCGGACGUCGCUGCUUCGUCGCCACGUCUAGCUGCUGCGGCCGCUUCUGCUGCUUUGUAUGGCCAUUCUCGCCAGGCUUCUGUCUCACCUAUUGAAAAGGUUGAAGAAACUGAUAGUGAUGCACUACCUCCACUUCCCCAUUCUGCGGUGAAGCGUCGCCAGGACAUCAAGAGACCCACACAUUCUCCACCUUCUUUGUACUCGAUGAUUCGUCGUUCCGCAGGCAAGGACUUGUCGUCUAUGACUGCCCCUGUCACUUCUAAUGAACCUAUUUCGGUUCUCCAGCGAUUGUGCGAACAACUCGAGUAUGCUGAACUUCUUGACAAGGCGUCCGAAUCUCGUGGUGAACAGCGAUUACUGUAUGUUGCACUGUUUUCCGUUUCAGCUUUAUCAGCUGCUAGAAUCAAAGAGCGUUCUCUUAGGAAGCCUUUUAAUCCUUUACUGGGAGAGACCUACGAGUGUGUACGUGAGGACAAGGAUUUCAGGUUCAUCUCUGAAAAAGUCAGUCACCGACCUCCUGUUUUUGCCACUCAGGCUGAGUCCCCCCGCUGGACUAUGCAUUGGACUUCUCGCCCUCACCAAAAGAUUUGGGGCAAAUCAGCUGAGAUCACUGACAGUGGACCUUGCUUGAUUUCCUUUAAGGAUGGCGAGGUCGUUAACUUCAUGAUGCCUGAUUGUUUCCUACGCAACCUUAUCGCCGGUGAAAAGUAUCUGGAACCAGUUGGUACAAUCACAAUCGAGUCAUCUGCAGGUCAGACCAUGACCAUCCAUUUUAAACAGGGUGGUCUGUUCUCUGGCCGUUCCGACGAACUCCAGAUUCUCCACGGAGACAAAGUAAUCGCAGAAGGCAAGUGGACUGAAAGUGUAUCGACGCCUAGCGGCACCACCUUGUGGCACGUUGGAGCUUUAGUCGAGAACGCUAAGCAAAAAUACGGUUGGACCAAGUUCACAGUUUCUUUGAACGAAAUCACCACGCUCGAAAAUGGCAUGUUACCCCCCAACGACAGUCGUAACCGACCAGAUCAGCGCAAUUAUGAAGAGGGUAAUGUGGACGAGGCUGAAAAACUCAAAUUGAUGCUUGAGGAGCACCAGCGCCAGCGCCGCAAGAAGUAUGAAGAAAGCGGUAAGAUCCAAGAGCCGAUGUUUUUCACCAAGUCCAAGAACUCUCUUGGUUAUUUCCAGCUUAAGGCAGCGGACCGUAACUACUGGAGAAUGCGCAAAAACAAAACAUGGGAGGGAAUUCCCAACUAUAUGAAGUAG